CAAAUUGUAAACAAAUUUUGGCCGAAAUAUGAUUCACAGUCUGUUUAUUGUUAACAGCGGGGGCGAAGUUUUCCUAGAGAAGCACUGGCGGUCCGUAGUUUCGCGAUCCGUUUGCGAAUAUUUUCUCGAUGCCCAGCGCGCUGCACCAUAUGAUGUGCCGCCAGUGAUAGCCACGCCCCACUACUACCUUAUCACCGUGCAGCGGGAGGCGGUCUCGCUGGUGGCCGCCUGCAAGCAAGAGGUGCCGCCGCUCUUUGUGAUCGAGUUCCUGCACCGUGUGGUGGACACGUUUCAGGACUACUUCGGCGACUGCUCGGAGACGGUGAUCAAGGACAACUAUGUCGUUGUCUACGAGCUGCUCGACGAGAUGCUGGACAACGGCUUCCCCCUGGCCACGGAGAGCAAUAUCCUGAAGGAGCUGAUCAAGCCGCCGAACAUACUCCGCACCAUUGCCAACACCGUCACCGGCAAGAGCAAUGUCAGCACCAUCCUGCCGUCGGGCCAGCUAUCGGCCAUACCCUGGCGCCGGAGCGGUGUGCGCUACACCAACAACGAGGCCUACUUUGACGUCAUCGAGGAGGUGGAUGCCAUCAUUGAUAAGUCCGGAUCGACUGUUUUUGCCGAAAUCCAGGGGCAUAUCGAUUGCUGCAUCAAGCUGUCGGGCAUGCCGGAUCUUACCUUGUCGUUUAUGAAUCCACGCCUCUUCGACGACGUCUCGUUCCAUCCGUGCGUGCGCUUCAAGCGCUGGGAGGCCGAGCGCCUGCUCUCCUUCAUUCCGCCCGAUGGAAAUUUCCGCCUGAUGUCCUACCACAUAAGUUCGCAGUCCGUGGUGGCCAUACCCAUUUACAUUCGCCACAAUUUCUCAAUUAAGACGGGCGAACAGGGACGCCUGGAUCUGACCAUCGGACCGCGCAACACGCUGGGACGCACCGUGGACAAGGUAAGGCUGGAGCUAACGAUGCCACGGUGCGUUCUCAAUUGCCUGCUGACGCCGAAUCAGGGAAAGUACACAUUCGAUUCGGUCAGCAAGACGCUGUCCUGGGAUGUGGGCCGCAUCGAUGUCUCCAAGCUGCCCAAUAUACGGGGAUCGGUGUCCAUCACACCGGGCACGACCAACAUCGAUGCCAAUCCGUCGGUGAAUGUGCAAUUCCAGAUCUCCCAGCUGGCCGUCUCCGGGCUGAAGGUGAAUCGCCUGGACAUGUACGGGGAGAAGUACAAGCCCUUCAAGGGCGUCAAAUACCUGACAAAGGCGGGCAAAUUUCAAGUGCGAAUGUAGACAAAUGGCGUCCAUCCUAACUGCCAGGCGACGGACCCGGCAACGGCAACGGCAGCCAGCCUUAAUUAAGCGUACAUCUUAAGCGUAUUCCAAAUACCUUGUUUUCUGUCACCCCACUAUCUGUAUCUAUCCAUCUAUCCAUCCAUCUAUAUCCAUUCCUUUCUCUGUCCAUAAAAAAGCCACAGCCACAGGCUCCAAUGUCGUUGUGGUGUGUGUUGCGCUGCGUUCUGUUGUGUGGUGGCUCGUCGCCAUGUUUGAGAGCGCAACAAAACGGAUGGGGAAUAAAAGAAGCGAGAAUCGAAUCUCGAUACUUGACUGGAAA